GUGGUUUGCGCUGCGGUGGUCGCGUUAGUUAUAGUCGUAAUAGUACGACUUUCCUCAAGCAAAGUGUCUGAAUAGUGUUCAGUUGUAUAAGCAUUGCCGUGCUGAUGCCUCUGAUGAGCUGUGCCAUUCGGAUCUGAGUUUGGCGAAGAGACUCAGUCUGGCUACCUCCCGCUGACUAACUGCCGCCAGGGAGCGGGCUCUGUGCACCCCUAACGGGCCCUGGUGCCGGCCGGCCGCGUCUCCGCUCUGUCUCUAACGUCGCCGCGGCACUAACAUGCGGCAUGGAGAUUGAUCGGCAAAGCCUGGAGGCGUGGGCGCGCGACAAGCCGCUCAGCAUCCUACAGCUGGACCCCGUGGACCGGGCCGUGCUCCGCGUGGCAGAUGAGAGAGAUGCCAUACAGAAGAAGACGUUCACGAAGUGGGUUAACAAGCAUUUGAAGAAGUGCGGGCGCAACGUUCGCGACCUGUUCGUCGACCUGCGAGACGGGAAGAACCUCCUGGGACUGCUGGAGGUGCUGUCCGGCGAGCGGUUGCCGUCGCAGAAGGGCCAGCUGCGCUUCCAUCAGCUGCAGAAUGUGCAGAUCGCGCUGGACUUCCUGCACUUCAGGAAGAUCAAGCUGGUCAACAUCCGAGCUGACGACAUCGUCGACGGCAACCCCAAGCUGACGCUGGGUCUGGUGUGGACUAUCAUCCUGCACUUCCAGGUAGGUCCCCGGGCCGCCCCUGCGCCAGCCUGCAGCCGGCUGCAGUCGGUGGAGCCGGUGGAGCACCCAUGCCCGUCGCGGGCCGGCGGCGCUGACCGGCCUCAGUACGCCACGAACGGCGCCGACGGGCCGGCGCGCCGCUGCCGCCGGCGACGACUGGAGCGGGCGGGCCACGCAGAGGAGCUGUGGGAUCGCGGCUGGCGGCUGCGACUGGACGCGAUUCUGUGA